CUGUUAUAGAGACCUGACACCUCAGACAAAGCUUCUUUCACCUCAGCCACAAAGACUUAUGUGCUUUAAUUAUUUGGAGGAUAAUGGAUUGCUUCACUUUUCAUUGGUUUGCUUUCUGCAAAGAAGAAUCCAUUAGCACAUUUUAUCAUUAGUUACUUUGGUUUGGGACUUUUUUGAAACACUCAGCAAAAGUUUUCUUUUUAAGUGCUGCAGUUUGUUUAAUUUCUUUUCCUCUGAAAUAUAAUGUAGAGCAGUGAAGGCUGCUGAGCCCGCUAUCAGGCUGCAGUCAGAACUAAAUGGAAGGAAUAGUUUGGAUUAAGGUUAACACAAGCCCAUGGGUGUGGAGGUGUUGUAAAGUGCAAGGUGCCAUGUUAGGGGACAACUGCUCAGACAGUCUGACCGUUGACUUUUGUCCGACACCACCAUCAGAAAUCAGGUGUGUCAUUCCCUCUGCCAGCAACAGUGGACUCCAAUUCCCUCAUUCCUCAGAUAGGAUGUUUCUGUGGGCAGGAAGUAAAACAACAGGUGAAAGAAGUGACCGCAGAUCCAUCUACCAGAAGAUUCGUGAAUAUGAGGUCCUGGACAAGAGGAAGACAGUGACAGCUCUGAGGGCAGGAGAGGACAGAGCCAUCCUGCUGGGCCUCAGUAUGGUCUUCCUCUCUGUCAUGAUGUAUUUUGUCCUGGGAAUCACCAUACUGCGCUCUUACUCUGACAGUGUAUGGACGGACGAGGCUAGCUGCACUAUCGUGAACUCCACCAUCAUGUGGGAUGUAAACUGUUCAUACAGCUGUGGAGCAGAGUGCUGGAAGCGUUCCCGUUACCCGUGUCUCCAGGUCUACGUCAGCCUCAACUCCUCAGGAAAGGUGGUGCGACUGUUGCACAACGAGGAGACGCAGGACAACAAUCCUGAGUGCUUCUACAUCCCAAAGUGCCGUAAGGACUAUGCAGCCACACAUGCAAUAGUUCAGAACAUUUCUGAGCGUCUCAGGUCUCAGAACACAGUUCAGUGUUUCGUGGACCCGACAGACAGGACGGACAGCGCCAUCCUGACACAGAUAUACGGUCGGGUCGCCGUCUUCCACUCCCUGUUCUGGCCAACCUGCACCUUGAUCGGAGGAACCGUCAUCAUUGGAAUGGUGAAGCUGACCCAGUACCUGUCCAUCAUGAGCGAGCGACUAAGCCGCAUUAAGAGGUGACGGGUAGGAAGGCCAUAAAGGAAGUUCCCAUUAAAUGGACACGUGAAGCAUCUUCACGGGGCCAAGACUGAAAGACAAAGAGGAGGGAAAGCAGAGAUGUGGUCUGUCUGUGACAGAUGGAAUGCUGGGAUUCAGAGGCAUGUCUCAGUGACAACCUGAAAGCAGCUAGAAAGAGAAGCAUAUAUUUUUGAGACAGGCUCAAAAUCCAGAUUUGAAGAUAAACUGAUGCUGGUUUGCAGCUUGACACUAGUUAGGCCUGCUGGUGGUUGAAGCUCAGCAACAAUCUUUGAAACUAUAAUUUCCAUUAUUUUUGUUGGCAAGUCAGUAAUUUCCAAAGGAUUUGUACAAAUGUGACAUAUUAUUUUGAAGCACCUAUUCUGUGAUAUAUAGCUUUACAAGGCUAUUUGUUAAAGGAAUACUUCAGCAUUUUAGAAAAUUCACUUAUCCGCUUUCUCGCCGAGAGUUAGAUGAAAAGAUUGAUACCACUCUCGUAUCUGUCAGUUAAAUAUUAAGCUACAGCCAACAGCUGAUUAGCUUAGCUUAGCACAAAAACUGGAAGGAUGGAGGGCAAACAGCUAGCCUGGCUCUGCCCAAAGGCAACAAAAUCUACCUUCCAGGAGCUCUAAAUAAAUCUUCUUAAACUGUACCUUUGUACCAAAAAGUGCAUUUGGGCUAUCUGGGUCCCCAUGUAACAAGGCCUGCUAAUGCUUUACUGUACCUGUGUCUGAGGAUGAGAGAAUUGGUGGUUUGGGUCCUAUGUAGAGAAGGUUUACCAAGCACUGCUCUGAUGUUAGAAAGUGUGGAUACUGACUCUGUGAACUGUAUGUGAAGAUCGCAUGAGGCUGAACUUCUGGGAUUCUCUGAGGAUUCCCAACUUUGAUGAUGUCUACAUACAUAAAAGAAAAAAAGCUACCAAUUUUCUGCUUCACUCCCCUGUAAGCUCACUUACCACAUUUCUUUAAUGUCCCCUUGUUAUGCUGAAGCUAAAGGCCAGAGGAUAGGUUGGUGGCAGCCUUUAAGAUACAGCGUUCUGCAUGUGAUGCAUCAUGUAGAGCGAUUAAGGAAAUGUCCUCCACAAGGGAAAACCAAUAAGACCCUUCUACUACUGGGCCUAAUCAGGCUGAACAGGCCUCACACAUUACCCCCUUCUGCCUGUGUUUGAUUUGAAAUUUUCUAUCUUAACAUGUUAAUAAACACAAUGUGCCUGUUA